GGAGACGCCUCCCACCUUCCCCCACCACCAUCACAUCACCACCCUCGACACUACGGUACAGUAUUGCACUAUUCCAUUUUACCUCCACAGAAACCGAACUUUGAUAAAAAGCCUUUUCACCCCUUCGCCAACUCCUCUAUCCUGACGUUCUCUUGCGCAAAGGCACGCAGACCUUCAUCUUCAUCGCAUUCCUUAUCCUUUGCCUUCAACCCUCCACUGCUCCAUCUCACGCAACAGAACUUGAGCUCUCGGAUCGAUAGAACAUCUGUAUUGCUUGAAGGGUCCAAUAGAUUGAUAUCAUUUGUGUGCGGUUGCUGACAUCUCCAAAAAGAAAAGAAAGGAAGAAAUGUACCCGGCAUUCACGGGCUCGUCACGCAAACCCCGGAAUGUUAACCUUUCUGGCCGGAAGACUGCUGCUGCUCCAUCCCGGACGGCACAAUUCUCCCGACCUCCAGCUGCACAAACAUCGGUCCUUCAUGCCCAGCAUGAGCGAGCUCAACGUGAAGCCGCGCGUCAACGUUUAAGAGCCGCCACCACGGUGCAACGUGUUUGGAGAGGUCGGAGAGAAGCUGAGGCCCAGAGGGUGAAAUGGAGGAAAGAGUGGGAUACCGUUUUUGCUGAAGGAGCUGGUGGGAAUCUCGGGCGAGGGAGUGAUUUGGGGGAGCGGUUUGAGUACGGUGUUACAUUAUUUCUUGCAUUCUACGAGAGGGGGCAUAGACCCGGAAGGCGUCAGAAGAGGGAUUCAGGAGACUUGCUGAGAAUGAAAACUCUGGUUCUCUUCAUGACUCAAUAUCUAUCUCGAGCUCCCGAGAGGUCACGCUUAAGGGUUAGGGAACGGGGGGUAGAUGGCCGCGGAAACUUAAUGAUGGAAAAAUUUGGGAGGCUACUGAUAGAAGUGCUCCAGGAGGAGGUGUUGACAGCUGUUUCCCUACGCGUGCUACCCUCUCUAGCCGUGGAACUCCCCGGCAUUGUUGAUGCAUCAUACUACAAGGCCCUUUCUGGGAUCACCACUUCUUCCAUGUCCUCACCGGAAGACAUCUUAGAUGCUGUAUUGACCCCUCUGCAGCAUGUUGAAAGGGGGCGCGAACAGAGGAACGCAGAGAUACAUCAGGAUUUUGCUGCCAAUUACCUCGUGACCCCCGACUUGCCGGGACACCUUCAACACAGCGGCUUUGAGCGAUUAGGGGGGACCGUAGGAUUUGGGAAGCUCAUUAAGGCCAUGUCUGAAUCCCCGGGACAAUGGGUUGUUGCUACGAGUGAAGAGAGGCUAUGGAUGUUAUCCUACAUAAUCCAAUUUACCCCCAAUAUGUCUGACAGCCAAGUAAUUGACCUCACUGGAGAUGAAACAUUUGUCAGCAGCGAUUUUGAGGAGCGGAGCUAUAUUCAUGUCAUGUCUCUUCUCCUCUCUUCGGUCGCUAAUGAGGCGAGCAAGAGAGCCGAGGUGGAAGAUAUAUCUAUGGAAGUUGAGGGUGAUCAGCAGGAUGGGGGUGUAUCGAGUGGGGAAAGAUCUCAUGGGAACAAAAGCCAACCGUUACCCCCGUUUGUCAAAUCUAAGCUCGAGAGCUUGAUCCAACAGCCUUCUAUCACAUCCAUAUUUUCGCGUGCGAAUUUCUCCAGCAACGAUGAUCGCCAAGCAAAAAUGCUCGCCGGAUUUGCACUGACGUUACUAUUGGUAUUCCCAAAAGUGAAGCGAGAGGUCUGUAUGUGGCUCUGUCUUGCUGAAACUAAGGAUGGGGUAUCUCCGUUGAGAUAUCUAUGGGCAGCCGUCAGGCGAUCAAAGUUGUUUCUAGGUGUCACCAGGGAUAUUCACUUGGUCGCGAGCAGCCUGAAGGGGCGAAACCUAUCCACCGAUGACACCUCUAUAGGAGAUUUCGACAACGGUGAAUGGAACUUGAUUCUUUUGUUCAUUGAGCUCUAUGGAUUUCUGCUUCUUGUUAUGGACGAUGACGAAUUUUUUGCGGGCAACAGGGCAGAUAAAAAGGCCCGGCAAUUACCGCUAAAGGAUAUAGAAAAUCUAAGUGUAUUUCUCAAGAACCUGGCUUUUGCGAUGUAUUACUGGGGAGGGGAGAUAAUGGGAGAGGACAAGCAGAAACCUGAUGGAGGGUCUAUCUUCAGAGACCAGGGGUGGGAGGUUGAGCAUUUGAGAACUGCUGUGACAGUGCUCUUGAAGGCCAUCUACGCUAGAGAGUAUUAUUCCCCUCCUCACAUAAAUUAGUAAGUUUUCUAAUAAGGUUGAAAUAGUUCGAGGCGAAAAUUCCUCCCAUCUAGUCACUGGCUUAUGACCGCCGCCGGCUUCGACAUCGAAGGCUUCAUUCCUGCCGUCGUGCAGGAGGAGGAAAACAGACAUCGGUUGGAGAGCGAGGAGGAGGAGGAAGAUGGCGAGGAACCGGAACGUCAGUAUGAUCAAGCAGCGAUUGCUGCGUUAGGUCCGUAUGAACGGCGAAAUCUGCGAUUGGAAUUGAUGAACAAAAUUCAGCGCAGAAAGCAGCGGGAAUUCCACUUAGCAACCAUCACUCCGCGCUUGGAGAUACUUCAGAAUCUCCCCUUCUUUAUUCCCUUUGCUACUAGGGUGCAAGUAUUCCGGGAAUUUGUUUCAGGCGACCAACGUCGGCGCCGCGAAGGAUUUGUUGACCCGGAUCAAUGGAGGGCUUCCGUCCUAUCGCGGAGCUCUCCAGCGCGGGGUCCGCUUGAGGAUGCCCGGGAUACCCUUAAUAAGCAUCACGCAACGAUCAGGAGGAACAGGGUGUUUGAAGACGCUUAUGAGCAGUUCUGGCCCUUAGGAGAGGGCCUCAAGGAGCCCAUUCAAAUCACUUUUAUUGACCGUUUUGGUGUCGAGGAAGCUGGGAUUGAUGGUGGUGGUGUCACAAAAGAGUUUUUGACAGGUGUAUGCGGAGAUGCUUUUACACCAGGUGUCAUCGCAGGAGCUGAUCGAGAGGCCGACAGUGAUGGUACGGAUCUGCCUAGUGAUGAUGAAGCUGAGAAGGCUGCCGAAUUUGGCAAGAAUCUAUUCUUGGAGAAUGAACAGCAUCUGUUGUACCCUAACCCAAUGAGCAUCGAGGAGCUCAAGGAGGAGCUGAUUGGGACAGUACGCCCCUAUCAAGACAUGAUCGGGGAUGAAGUUAAGUCACUGUUGAAAAGGUACGAAUUUCUUGGAAGAGUGCUCGGGAAGUGUCUGUACGAAGGAAUUCUCGUGGAUGUUGCUUUCGCUCCCUUCUUCCUCCUCAAAUGGAGUCAACAAGCCUCAGGCUCUGGAGCUAGUACGGCCGUUGGUGUCAAUGACCUCCGGGAUCUUGACGAGGGCCUUUACCGAGGACUUGUGGAGCUUAAGAAUUACACGGGCGAUGUCGAAUCCGACUUUGGGCUUGAUUUCACCAUUAGUUCUCGUCUUCCAAGACACGACAAGACCAUCACGGUGGAACUUAAACCUGACGGGGAGACAAUUCCAGUCACGAACGCAAACAAGCUCGAAUACAUCCACCUCGUUUCCCGAUACCGACUAUCCGUGCAGGCCCAUAUUCAAACUUCGGCGUUUCUGAAAGGCCUGAACUCGAUUAUAAACCCAAGCUGGCUGUCCAUGUUCAACCAAUCAGAGUUGCAAACUCUAGUGGGCGGGGAUAUUGAUACGCCGAUCGAUGUGGAAGAUUUGAGAAGAAACACUAUCUAUGGAGGUGUUUACCAAAUUGGCGACGAUGGCGUGGAGCACGAGAGCAUACGACUAUUCUGGCAGGUCAUGCGCUCUCUUGGCGAUGAAGAGCGUAGGAAGGUCUUGAAGUUUGUGACCAGCGUCGCCCGAGCACCGCUAUUAGGGUUCGGAGUUUUGAGGCCAAGAUUUAGUAUCAGAGACGCGGGUGAGGACCAGGGGAGACUUUGCAGUGCUAGUAUGUUACCAUAUCAUUUAUUCUCGCUUUAAACGCUAACAAUGAUAGGUACUUGCGUGAACCUUCUCAAACUCCCCCGAUACAGGGAUCCCAAAAUCCUUCGACAAAAGCUCCUUUACUCUGUGAAUUCAAACGCGGGCUUUGACCUAUCUUGAGGUAUUAUAACUAGUAGUACUAUCCUUUUUCGUUUACUUUGCUGUUGCUUUUGAAUUAUAUCUUAUCGCCUGUCUCUUUUUUUUGACAAUGGGGAGUACCCGGUAGCAUGUGUCCUUCCCUUUCUUUCUUGUACUUGCUUUGCCUGGAGGCUAGUUUGUGUGUAGAUACUUUUUAUGGCGUGGAGGAUAUUCUUCCCUUUUCAUCUGUGUGAUCGAUGAAUGGGGGAAUAGGAUUUGAAUCGGGAGAACUUGUCUUAUGCGUGUUGCUGAUGGACGGGGUUCCAUACAAACCGACUUGCGCGAGCCGCUGUAGGGCAGAUGGGGGACAAAGGGCUUGACUUUUAAUGCUGACAAAUGUGAGGGGCCGUGUGGCAUAUGUGUGGGCGGUGUUUUCUUAUUGUGGUGGGAGAUACGGUACUGUGGUUCAUCGAGCCUGGUUGGGUGCGCUUCCUUCAACUGGGGUGACACUGAAAGCGGAGGGCUUGGGGGAGGGGGGAUGAAGGCUAUUGCUGACCUUUGCUCAAUGGGAGAAUACUGGUAUCAUACUUUGUCGAGAGAAUCAAAUGGAAUCAGAUUGAUAG